AUGACGUACGUGCCACAAAAUGUGUUGAUCACCGGUGGAUGCGGAUUUAUUGGUUCGAAUUUCGUCAAUCACAUCCAUGAUGCAUGGCCACACUGUAAUUUUGUUAAUGUGGACAAGCUCAUAUUGAACAGCGAUACACAGCAUGUCAACGAGAAGGCAAGUUACAGCUACCCAUUACCGACUAAGUAUGAAAAAUCCGACUGCACAUCGACUCGAUGCUAUAACGAGACGAUCGAAGCUAUUGACAACAAUGUGAUCGCGUUCAUUGAGCUUCUGCAAGCUGUUAAAGAUUAUGGAAAAGUCAAGCGAUUCAUCGCUGGUGAAGCAUAUGUGCGUGCAUUCACUUCACAAUAUAAACUUCCCAUCAUCACUGCAAGGAUGAAUAACAUCUAUGGUCCAAACCAGUGGGAUGUCAAGGUAUUAUUAUUAUUACUUUCAUAA